CCGCCGGCCGCCUUCCUCCUCCCGCUCUCCGCGGACCUGGAAGGGGCGGGCGCGCGGGCGGCACAGGGGUCCGCACCCUAGGCCGGGCUGGCGUCCCGCGGGUGAGAGGCGCUCACCCACUCUGGCCGCCUGCGUCCGUUUGUCCAGUCCAGAAUCGGGUGGUGGUGGGCUGUUGGGAGGUUAAAGGGGGCAUGCCCGCCCGGGAGGGAGAGGUGGCAUCCUUGAAGACCCCACUUAGUCGGGCCGCGAAGGGCCGUUGUGCUCCCCGACCUCUUACAGCUUUCUUUGGGCGAGGGCCAAGCGGGCUUCCAGGGCACUAAGUGCAGUUGAUUUCAAAGGUUUACAAAAUAAACAGAAGCAGCCUUCCGUCUCCGCCCACAUGUGGUGGUGGGGGGGCGGGGUGAUUGAGUCUGUUCCCUGUAAUGCAACAGGGUUCCCUGGUUGAGGAACCAGGAAGGCGCGGCGAGGACACUCCGAACCUCCCUGGGAAAGUUCUAUCCCUUUCCUAACUCAGAAGGCGGCAUCAGGGAUGGUUCCCAAUUCGCGGAGGAGGAGCACAGGAAAAAGGGCUUGGAGUGGACCUUCCGGCUGGAGUGCAAAGAUAAGAUAAUGAGAGGACCUGAGAUCCUGGAGAUAUCAUAUGAGAAGACAGAAAAGUGUUGAAGACUACUUCCUGCAAACACGACAAGAAUGACCCAGCAGAUCGGCAAGGGGUCAAGAGGAGCUCACCCCUGCCUCUUCCUCCUCUUAGCACGGGGGAGAGUGGGGCAUACCCACUGACCUCUCUUCCUCCCUCCUCUGGACUAAGCGCUGAAGGGACAUGACAGUAAGGAAAUCGUCCUUUCAUGAACAUCCCAGGCUCUGGACUCUCCAACUUGGUACUCUGACCUACAGCCGAGGAAGCAGUCUGGCGAGGCAACAGAGAGGUACAUUUUUUAAGUCACCAUUUACUUUAAUGAAAACUAGAAUGCGUUUCAUGCUUAAGGAAGGAGCCAGCCAAAGGAGACUGAAGGAAAGGUGGAAUGCAUAAUUAACCCCUCUCCGGUGGACAUCUUGGAGCAAAAUUCCUGAGGCGGUAGGAGGACGAGCCACCUGAGCUGAGGGAUUGUUUCCUUCACCCCUGAGGAGCUAUCUGCAGACCCACCCGUGUGCAAAGGAGGGAGCUAGGCUGCCUGCCCUGAGCGUCAUGGUCCUACUGCUAUCCUCCGAAGUGCGGCAGCUGCUCCACAACAAGUUUGUCGUCAUCCUGGGAGACUCUGUCCAGAGGUCUGUGUACAAAGACCUGGUCCUCCUGCUGCAGAAAGAUUGUCUGCUCACUUCCAGCCAGCUCAUGGUCAAGGGGGAGCUGAGUUUCGAACAGGAUAAGCUGGUAUAUGGAGGCCAGAAGGGCCACAUGCACAACCGCACCGACUACCGCGAGGUCCGCCAGUACUGCUCCGGCCACCAUCUGGUGCGCUUCUACUUCCUCACGCGCGUGUACAACGAAUAUGUUCAGGCUGUCUUGAAAGAGCUACAGUCUGACAGCUACACCCCAGACAUAGUCAUCAUUAACUCCUGCCUCUGGGAUGUCUCCAGAUAUGGGCAGAACUACAUUAGGAGCUAUCAGGAGAACCUGGAGAACAUGUUUACGCACCUACGCGAGGUGGUGCCCGAGUCAUGCCUCGUGUUGUGGAACACGACCAUGCCCGUUGGCCAGAAGAUCACCGGGGGCUUACUCCGGCGAGACCAGCAGCACUUGGCCCUCCUUCUGGGAGACAAGGUGAUAGAAGCCAACUUCUAUAGCUCUACCGAGGCACAGAAGCACGGUUUUGAUGUGUUGGACUUGUAUUUCCACUUCCGCCACGAGCAGAGGCACCGGCAGGGAGACGGGGUGCAUUGGAACCAAUUCGCGCACCGACAGCUCUCCCAGCUGCUCCUGGCCCACGUGGCAGACGCCUGGGGGGUGGAGCUGCCCCACCGCAAUCCUGUGGACAAGUGGAUCAGGAAUGGCCCUGAGAGUGAAGGACCUGACCAGAGCGCUGAGAGGCCGUCCCAGGCCAGCAGAGAUCCACUGGCCUUACCCCUGAUCCCAUUGUUGCCUUCUCCCAGGAACAGUCCCCUGCUUCCGCUCCCAACCCCCCGCCCACCCCUGCCCCAGCUCCUGCCCCCGCAGCCUCGUCCCAUUCCCUGCCACCCAGUGAUGUCCCCCCCGUUGUUGUUCUGUCCCCAAGAUACUGAUUUUUCCUCAGACCAUCAUUUCCCGUCAGAUCAGUUCUUUUUCAACUAUUUCCCUUCAGAUGUACCCCCAUCUACCCAAACAGGAUUUGACUUCCAAGCUGACUUUAUGUUUGGUCCCCAGCUGCCUAGGCCCCCCUUCCCCACACCCUAUUAUCAGCAGCGGGCCCCUGUGGUUCAUAGGGGUUUUCCCCGAAAUCUACCUCGUGGCCCUUAUGGGCCCUCAAGGCGGCGGCCCAGAUCUUACAGGAGACGGGCCCCAGCCCACCCAGAGCCAAGGCCUCAUUAGACUGACUUGGACCAUUUUCCUCCUCAUGGACGUGGACUGGACAGAUCAUGUGACUCUGCCUACACAGACUGAUCUUGUUAACGUAAGCAGUUGAUCCUUACAUGGACUUCUUUUUGUUCAUUGCUCUUACCAGUAAUGGCAGAGAAGAGCAGUCUGAACCCAUCUUUUUGGCUAUGGCCUCUUCCUCCACUCUCUGGAGGCGACCACGUGUGAUUUCUGCCUCUCC